AAUUGUCUAUUCGUAUUUCGUAUCCUUCGGUUUCGUGGUUUCGUCCUUCAUAGUCUUUUUGGCAAAAAAAAGAAAUAUUAUAAUUCAUAAAUCAAUAAAUCAUAUUAUUCUACCWAAUAGUUCAUAUUGUCUCAACGAGGUCUCGACUGCCGUCCGCCUCUGUGUUGCAGUAUUUUGAAAUAACUUAGAAGUUAUCAUGGCAACUGCAGAGCGUGUAAAACAGGAUAUGCCUCCAAAAGGUGGCUAUCGGAAGAUUAAUUUUGCUCGAGUGUUUCCUAAACCAUUUGCCAGUAGUAGAGCGUUGGUUGGUACAUAUAUAGUUUGUACUGGGGUUGGCUGGUAUUUAUAUCUUUUAAAUGACCGACUAGUUGAUAAAUAUCAAGUUGAAUCACGCAGUUCCCUUAUUGCUAUAACACCUCUAUUAGAUGCUGAAGCUGACAGAGAGUAUCUAAAACAAUUAAGAAAAAAUCGUGAAACUGAAGAAGAAUUGAUGAAAAAUGUCAAAGGAUGGAAAACAGGUACCUUAUAUGGUGAGCCUAUUUACAAGACAGUUGAUAAAAAAGAACUCAUUGAACCAGGCUUAAAUGAGUACUAUGUACAUGCUCCUGAUAAAGUAUUGUAUGACCGAGUAUACUGGCACAAAUAUCUAUAAAUAAGCAUAUGUGCAAUUUCUACAAGAAUGAAAGUCAUUCAAUAUAUAUUUGUCGUCUUACAURWGUUUAGAUUCAGUAAAACAGUGUAAUUUUUUUUAWUAGUAACAUUAUAAAAAAUAGAAAUGCUAAUUUUA